AUGACGGCCUCUGUCCCGCUGGUGGUGGCCGUGCUCUGCGGCCUGACCUGGGCAGGAGGAAAGUACACCGAGGAGUUGGAGCCAUUUCUGGGACUAGAGGAGGAGCCUGGUGUGGACACUGCCAGCAGCCUGUACUCUGCACCCGGCUCCUGCCAGGGCCGCUGCCACGAGGUCUUCGACAGACACCAGCCCUGCCACUGCGACAACCGCUGCCGGGGGUUUGGGAACUGCUGUGAGGAUUUCGACAGCCUGUGUGACCACCACGAGGGCUUCUCCCGCAGCAGCAACGCCAUCACCGGAGAGGAGCUCCGGCACAUCUCGGAGCGGAUCUACAGGGCAGACACCAACAAGGCCGGGAAGGAAGACAUCGUGCUCAACAGCCAGAACUGCAUCUCCCCAUCGGAGACUGGGGACCGAGUGGACCGCUGCCCCGAGCCGCUCUUCAGCUACGUCAACGAGAAGCUCUUCUCCAAACCCACAUAUGCGGCCUUCAUCCGGCUCCUCAACAACUACCAGCCAGCCACAGGCCACCCGGAACACGUGGGCGCCCAGCAGGUGGCCGAGCAGCAAGCCUUUCUGAGCGAGGUCAUGAAGACGGCGGUCAUGAGGGAGCUCUCCAGCUUCCUCCUCCAGCAGAACCGCUACGGCUCAGAGCAGGAGUUUGUGGAGGACUUGCAGAACAUGUGGUUCGGGCUCUACUCACGCGGCGGUGAGGAGAGGGACUCCAGCGGCUUUGAGCACGUCUUCUCAGGGGAGGUCAAGAAAGGCAAGGUCACGGGCUUCCACAACUGGAUCCGCUUCUACCUGCAGGAGAAGGAGGGCCUGGUGGACUAUUACAGCUACGUGUACGACGGGCCUUGGGAUUCCUACCCUGACGUGCUGGCCAUGCAGUUCAGCUGGGACGGCUUCUACAAGGAGGUGGGCUCGGCCUUCAUCGGCAGCAGCCCCGAGUUUGAGUUUGCCCUCUACUCGCUGUGUUUCAUCGCCAGGCCCGGCAGAGUGUGCCAGCUCAGUCUGGGUGGACACCCCCUGGCCAUCCAGACCUACACCUGGGACAAGACUACGUACGGCCAUGGCAGGAAGUACAUCGCCACGGCCUACAUCGUGUCUUCCACUCGGUAGCACUCCUGCCGCACUGGGUUGGAGGGAGGGUGGAGGAGCGUGCUGGCCUGAGGCGCCCUGGACUGCAGAGGGGAGCGAUUUGGACUCCAAAGCCAUGAUAGACACCCGUGACCCAGGAGUGCCACGUCGGGAGAGGGACGGGACGCCCCUGUGGAGAUCAAGGGCCAGUCGCGAGCCUCGGCAGUGUCUGGUGCACGGUGGCGCCGUGAGCCAGGGCUUCAGCCUCACCCACGUGGGGCUUCCCUUCACUGUGCAGGGAGGGCCCUGUCCCUUUCCAGCCCUGGUGACGCUGCAGCUCUCCCCUGCAAACGGGGCCUCAGAAGCCCGCAGCGGGCCUGGGUCUUCUCCAGGGUCAGGCGUCUCCCAGCAGGGCCCACACUGAGGGCCAUGCUUUG